GGGCUGUUCAAACUCUAUCUUUUUGUGCAACCACACAGCGAUCCCUAGCACGGGCCGCAGAUAUGUCUCUGACCAGAUCCAUUGCGACUCUUCCCCUGUUCUGGCUCUGUGCUACAGCUAUCCCAGCUGGGCCUGGCUGGUGGCCAAACGGUACAUCGUCAGAAAUAGUCGAAAGCGACUUCAAUGUCGCCACGUACGGAUUGAUUGAUACGUAUGAUGGCACGAACUGGCUGAAUAUGUUCGACGUUCAAGCUAUACCUGAUCCCACACAUGGCUUCGUUGAGUAUGUCAACGCACAACAGGCCCAACAAUUAGGUCUUCUUCGAACACAGGGCAGUCAGGUCUAUAUGGGAGUUGACACCACGUCUAUACUCAACCCCAAUGGCCCAGGGCGAAAGAGCGUUCGUAUCCAGAGCAAACGAGCUUACAACCAAGGCCUCAUCAUUGCGGACUUCGCACACGUCCCAGGUAGCAACUGCGGCUCCUGGAUGGUCGGUCCCAACUGGCCCAAUCAGGGCGAACUCGACAUCUAUGAAGGCGUACACCUAAACACCUACAACCAAGCAACCCUCCACACUUCCCCGGGCUGCACCCCCUCCGUCGGCCCAGGAGGCGAGACAGGCCGCCGCGUCGAACACGCGGAUUGCGGUGCCGGCGGCGGCUUCAACGGCUGCGGCGUCGUAUCCACCAGCGCGACCUCGUACGGCACGGCAUUCAACGCCAACGGCGGCGGCGUAUACGCCACGCUUUGGACCAACUCGGGCAUCCGUGUGUGGUACUUUGCAGCACGCGAUGUGCCCGCCAACAUCCGCAGUGGCAGCCCUGAUCCGAGUACGUGGGGCACUCCGGCAGCAAAUUUUGGACCAGGUUGCGACUAUGGCGCGAAGUUCAGGGACAUGAGUAUCGUGUUUGAUAUCACGUUUUGUGGAGAUUGGGCUGGGGGGGUUUGGGGCCAGACGUCGUGCGCGCAGGUCAAUGCGAGCUGUAGUGCGUAUGUGGCAAGCCAGCCGCAGUCGUUCGCUGACGUGAGUACUGCCUCUGCUCUGGCUUUCUGUUGCAGUGUGCUAACACAUAUGUAG